CUUAGAUAAAGAUUGGAUUAGGAAGAUUGAAACGAAAGUAACACAAUUGCACAAUCACCAUCACAUCAUCUUUUUGGCUUUGUGAUCAUGGUCUCAACCAAAAAAGAUGCGAACGGAAAACACAUUCUCAUUAUCGGAGCCGGAGUGGGCGGUUCUGCAUUAGCGGCAAGAUUGGCACACAAGGGAUAUCGGGUAUCCGUUUACGAAAAACAAGAUCAACCGGGCGGAAGAUGUUCCUUAAUUCGCACAAAAGAUCAUAGAUGGGACGUUGGUCCUUCUCUUUAUUUGAUGCCGGAAUUAUUUGAACAAUUCUUUGCAACGCUGGGUUUGGACAUUAAUGAUUAUAUUCGCUUGGCCCGUUGUGAACCUUCGUAUAAAGUACACUUUUCACCUCCUUCGCCGGGAAGUAAGCCUGAGCCACCUUUGGAACUUUCAACAUCGUUGCCUUCACUUGGAGUACAGCUGGACAGGUAUGAAAAACCAGCAGGAAACCCAAACGCAUUAGGAUCAUUUUUGGCAUUUAUUGGAGAAGCAGGAGAUCAUUAUGAAGAAAGUGUAAAGCACGUUCUACUGAGAGAUUGGAACAAUUUAGGAAAAGCAUUGAUGCAAUGGGACAUGUAUCCAAUGCUACUAAGGACACAAGCACUAAAGAUCUGGUCAACGGCUUGGCGUAGAGCAUGUCAUUAUUUCAAAUCCGAUCACGUCCGCAGAGCGAUGACCUUUAGUUCAAUGUACAUGGGCAUGUCACCUUUUGAUGCACCGGCAACGUAUACACUCUUACAAUAUGCAGAAUAUGCAAAAGGUGUUUUUUAUCCCAUCGGUGGAUUUCAAACUUUGGUAGCCGCUUUCGAACAAGUUGCUCGUCAAUUUGGCGCUGAAUUUCAUUACAACACUCCUGUUAAACAGAUCUUGGCAGAAGAUGAUCAUCGGGUUAGCGGGAUUGAAUUGGAAAAUGGUGAAAAGGUAUACGCAGAUGCUGUAGUGAGCAAUGCUGACCUGAUAUGGACGUACAACAAUUUGCUGCCUCCUUCUCCCUACGCCAAACGAUUGCAGAACAAGAAGCAAACUUGCAGUUCGAUAUCGUUCUAUUGGGGUCUUAGUGAGACCGUGGAAGAAUUGGGAAUACACAACAUCUUCCUUGCCGAGCAAUACAGAGAGUCUUUUGAUGAAAUCUUCAAGGAUGGACAGGUACCAAACGAACCGUCAUUUUAUGUUAAUGUACCUUCACGAAUCGAUCCGUCAGCUGCACCAAAUGGAGGAGAUACCUUGGUGAUCUUGGUACCAUGCGGAUCGAUCGCAUCAAAAGAUGCACCGUUAGGCUACAAAGAUAAAGAAACGUUUGCAUCUAUCAAAGCAGACGUACGAGCAAAAGUGUUGCAAACACUUCAAGCACGAAUCGGAAGAGAUCUUUCUCCUCUUAUCAAAGAAGAACAUGUGAUGGACCCGUGGGAUUGGCGUGAAAAGUAUGGUUUAUGGAACGGAAGCAUUUUGGGUUUAAGUCAUUGUAUCUCACAAGUUUUAUGGUUCAGACCAAGCAAUCAACAUGCAUCCCUCAAGAAUAUGUUCUUUGUCGGUGCAAGUGCCAUGCCCGGAACAGGCGUUCCUGUCGUUUGUGCGGGAUCAGGUAUCGUUGCCGACAAAGUGGAUGAAUACUUCACCAAACGUACCUCUGAUCUCAACAAACCACUCUUUGCAUCCUUCAAUCUUACCACUCUCGUCGUUCUUCUUUUACUCAUUCUAGCCAUUCUUGUAUACCACAAAUAAAGUUCUCAUCUAUUUCAAUGGAAUACCCUACAUUAUCAAU